GUCAAACAAACUAACUAACAUGAUGGCACCUUGAAAUUUGGCUUUCAAACUCACAUCACAUGUUCGCCCAAGUCAAUGCUUCGCCUCCUACUCUAUUUUCUCCGUCUCUUUAUAACCCGUAGAACUCUCUUAUAUCUCCACAAUUUCUUCACUUCAAUCCUCAAACCCAUCACCAAUCUCAUCGCAAAAAUCAUGCCCAGUCAAUCCGAUGACCACAACUCCGAUCCCCCACCACCACCCUUCGACCCAUCAAAGCCCUCCAUUCCCAUCUCCUACCCCAUCAACUCCCUUGAAGACCUUGACUCCGCUUCUUACUUUACUUCUUUUCACUACCCUUUUAAUAAAUCCACUGUUCCUCUCCAUCCCCCCAAUUCAGCUUUGCCUCCAAGGCCCAGGCUUUUGGUUUGCCAUGACAUGCAAGGUGGCUACGUCGAUGAUAAGUGGAUCCAGGGUGGCCAUAAUUCCGGCGCUUACGCCAUCUGGCACUGGUAUUUGAUCGAUGUUUUUGUUUAUUUUUCUCAUAAUUUGGUCACCCUGCCUCCUCCUUGUUGGACCAAUACUGCUCAUAGGCAUGGAGUUAAGGUAUUGGGGACAUUUAUCACAGAAUGGGAUGAAGGCGCAGCUAUUUGCAAGAAGCUGCUUUCCACAAAAGAGUCUGCUCACAAGUAUGCUGAACGCUUGGCCGAGCUCGCUGUUGCUUUAGGCUUUGAUGGAUGGCUGCUCAAUUUGGAGGUUAAAGUGGACAUCGGGCAAAUUCCUAAUCUGAAAGAAUUUGUUAGCCAUUUAACUCAGACUAUUCACUCCUCCCUUCCUGGAUCUUUGGUUAUAUGGUAUGACAGUGUGACAAUUGAUGGAGAACUUAGCUGGCAAAAUCAACUGAAUGAAAAGAAUAAACCUUUCUUUGAUAUUAGUGAUGGAAUCUUCAUUAACUAUACAUGGAAGGAGGGCUACCCUAAGCUUUCAGCAAGAGUUGCUGGUGAUAGAAAGUUUGAUGUCUAUAUGGGGAUAGAUGUAUUUGGAAGGGGAACAUUUGGUGGUGGCCAAUGGACUACGAAUGUUGCACUUGAUCUGAUAAAGAAGGAUGAUGUCUCAGCUGCCGUAUUUGCUCCUGGAUGGGUUUAUGAAACAAAACAACCCCCUGAUUUUCAGACUGCUCAAAAUCGUUGGUGGGCUCUAGUUGAGAAAUCAUGGGGAAUUGUACAAAAUUAUCCUAAAGUAUUACCAUUCUACUCAAAUUUUGAUCAGGGUCGUGGUAAUCAUAUUUCCAUCGAUGGAGCACAAGUAUUAAGCACUCAAUGGAACAACAUUUCUUCACAAUCCUUUCAGCCUUUCCUCGAGUAUGUUGAUGAUCCUACCUCAAACACCAUUGAUGUCCGUGUUGACUUUAGCGAAGUAUCAUUUAGUGGAGGAGGAAACCUCACAUUUAAAGGAACUCUUGAGGCCAAUGCUUAUGUCUCAACCAGACUCUUUUUAGGAGAGCUUUUUAUGGGUGGCUUGCCUGUUCGUUUCACAUAUUCUGUAAAAUCAGAAGGUAACUCUCAACUGGGUCUUUCUCUUGAAUUCUCUUCUGAAAUGGAAGGAAAAAAGAAGUUGCUUCUUGCAUCCCAGGAAAACCAAUUCUCUUGCAAAUUUGAUGAAACGAUUGUGCUACAUCAACCUACAAAAUCAGACACGGCCCCAGGAUGGGUUAUACAAGAGAGCAACAUUUCAAUGAAUGGAUACACAUUAACAGAAAUUCGCGCCAUAUGCUACAGGAAACAACCAGAGAACAGUGAACAUAAAUCAGAAGCUAGAUCAAAAACCACCCAGGAUCCAGCAGAAUACUUUGCUGUGCUUGGACACAUUAGCAUAUCAACUUCGAUACAGAACACAGAAUUUCCUCCAUCAACUUCCUGGAUCGUCAAGGGUAAGGAUGUGGAAUGGGGAGGUUCUCAAGGUUCAAAAACCCUCAGUCUUAAGAUCAGCUGGAAAUUGAAAGAUGGAUGGAGUAGCCGUUUCCCAAGAUACAAUAUCUAUGUUGAGAAACUAAUAAAACAAGCAGUGAGACCCCAAGGAAGAAAGCUAGAGACCCCUGCUCUAGCACCACCCAAUGCUCGGAAUGGCAAAACUGAAGUCUCAGGGGAGUACCUUGGAGAAUCACAAGUUGAAGCCUUCUAUGUAUCUGACUUUAUCAUCCCUUCUGCCAUUUCAAGCCUCAAGUAUAUUAUUCAACCAUGUGAUUCCGGUGGUGCUAGCCAAGUUCUUGAUGAUGCCCCAUUUUUUCAAUUUAAUGUUGAAGGUCAAUGAACAUCAUCACUUUGGUUCCUCAGCAUGAGUAUUUACCUCACUUCUGAAUGUACGAGCCUUCACUAGUCAAUUGUUAUUCUCCAUUUAAAGAAUUAAUAAAUUAUGACAUGUUAAGGUGUGCUGAAUGUGCACUUUUAUGUAUCAUAUUAUUUGUUUGUAUUGUAUAAUAUUACCUAGUCGUUCCAAUACAAACUGUAAUAUCCAAGUUUGGUUGAAUUCGAUUUUUCGAAUUUUUAUAGAAUUCGAGUUGGUUUCUCAGCUUC